CUUGGCCGAGCUGUGUCUGCAGGACGCGGGCAAGGUUGGCUGCAACCUACAGGCCAUGAUACGGGCGUCAAGGUCUACAACAGUCUCACCAGAAGGAAAGACCCUUUAAUAGUGGCCAACGCGGAAGCCGCCUCCUGGUAUAGUUGUGGACCCACCGUAUAUGAUCAGGCACACCUUGGCCAUGCUUGUUCAUACGUUAGAUUUGAUAUAAUUCGAAGAAUCCUAACCAAGGUUUUUGGAUGUAACAUAGUCAUGGUGAUGGGAAUCACAGAUGUGGAUGAUAAAAUAAUCAAAAGAGCUAAUGAGAUGAACAUAUCACCUGCUUCUCUAGCCAAUUUUUAUGAAGAAGAUUUUAAACAAGACAUGAGUGCUCUUCAGGUUCUCCCACCUACAGUGUACUUGAGGGUAACUGAAAAUAUUCCUCAGAUAAUUUCAUUCAUCGAGGGAAUAAUUGCUAAUGGGCAUGCUUAUUCAACAAUGAAAGGCAAUGUCUACUUUGAUCUGAAGUCUAGAGGAGACAAGUAUGGCAAACUAGUCAGCGUGGUCCCAGAUCCAGUGGACGAGCCAGUUGAUUCUGACAAGCGGCAUGCCAGUGAUUUUGCCCUGUGGAAGGCAGCCAAACCCCAGGAGAUUUUUUGGACAUCACCUUGGGGAAACGGAAGGCCUGGCUGGCACAUUGAAUGUUCAACCAUAGCAAGUUUGGUGUUUGGAAGUCAACUGGAUAUUCAUUCAGGUGGAAUAGAUUUAGCUUUUCCACAUCAUGAGAAUGAAAUUGCUCAAUGUGAGGUCUUCCAUCAGUCCAAGCAGUGGGGAAAUUAUUUUCUACAUUCUGGGCAUUUGCACGUUAAAGGCAAAGAAGAAAAAAUGUCUAAGUCAUUAAAAAACUACAUUACAAUUAAGGACUUUCUAAAGGCAUGUUCACCUGAUGUCUUCCGCCUUUUCUGUCUGCGAAGCAAUUACAGGUCAGCCAUAGACUAUAGCGACAGCACCAUGCAGGAAGCCCAGCAGCUCCUCCUUGGGAUCACCUCCUUUAUUGGGGAUGCACGGGCCUAUAUGAAAGGACAGCUGGUGUGUGCCUCCAUCAGGGAAGACAAGCUGUGGAAAAGCCUAAGCAGCACAAAGGUGGCCGUGAAGGCUGCUUUUGCAGAUGACUUUGACACGCCCAGAGCUUUGGAUGCCAUUAUGGACCUCAUUCACCAUGGGAACAGACAGCUUAAGGCAGUUACUAAGGAAACGGCUGGUCCUAGAAGUCCUGCUGUGUUUGGCGCCAUGGUCUCCUACAUUGAACAGUUUUUAGAGACUGUUGGAAUUUCUCUGGCAAAUCAACAGCUUAUUUCAGGAGACAGCAGCUCAGCCACUUUGCACAGUGUGGUGGACGAGCUGGUCCGCUUCCGUCAGAUAGUGCGUCAGUAUGCCCUGGCCACACAGGAGCCCUCCCGCGAAGCCCGGCGGCAGCAGGUCCUGGAGAGGCUGCCACUGCUUCAGGCGUGUGACUCCCUGCGCAAGGACCUCGCCAUGCACAGCAUCAACAUCAAGGACAGAAGCAAUACAACAUCUACAUGGGAACUACUGGAUCAAAGAACAAAAUAA